CGUACACACGAGCUGCUCUGGGAUCUGACGAGGCGGCAAUGAACAACGAGCUGGGGAGAGGGGAGCUGGUUUCUGCGGCGGCAGCCACCUCGGGAACAGCGGGAACCUGCAGCGACGCAGCUGCUGCGGAGCAAAUGAUACGCGUGUGUGCGUGCUGCAGGCCUCUCUAACAUGUAUCUUGUUUUGCUGUUUUCUUAUGUCACAGCUGAAUCAAUUCAGACAUUAGACGAGCCUAUGUGUAGUGUUAGCCUCAGGAUCAGCUUGAGGACAAGAAAACAACUGUCUUUACGCAAGACAUCACUUUUGUGUUUACUGAGCUGCGUAUCUUCAAUCGAUCGAGUACAGGCCAAAGUGAAACGUGUCACACUUGUGUAGAGAUAAAGUUACAGUAGUUUACAGAUAGAAACUGAGAGGUCCUUAUUAUGUAGCAAUAAAUUCAGAUAAUAACUCAUUAAUCCCAGAGGAACGUUUUCUGUGUGCGUCUUUAAAGAAAUGCACCUUUGCCACACUUUUUCUUGUGCAGUCCAUCAGAGGGGUUACUAAGGAGAUGUGACGCUGUUGUGGUGCGCAGCUGUGAAUAUAGUAAACUUUGGUACGACCAAAAAUGCCCGACAGGGGUUAGUGUUGGAUGUGAUCACUGGCACAUCAAACUGCAGACUAUGGAGACGUCCCUUUGUCAGCUUUACGCGACAGGCCUGCUAUCCAACUGACUGUCUGUUUACGACAAAUACGGAUUUACUCGAAGUAUUUUGACUCAAAUCAUCAAAGAUCCCCGGAUGUUCCCCUUGCAGAGUAAUCUGCCCCUCACCAGACUAUCCAUCCUCUAAGAUGUCCCAGUCUACUGUUGCUGAAGAAGGAGGCACCUUCGAGCACCUGUGGAGUUCUUUGGAGCCAGACAGCACCUAUUUUGAACUCCCCCCAGGUAGUCAGCCUGGUGAGCGCCCCAUGCCUUCUACCAGCACCCCCGGGAGCCACCGUAAUGCAGCAGAGGGCUCCAUGGAUGUAUACCACCUAAGGGACAUGAAUGACAAUGUGAUGUCCCAAUACAACUUGCUGAGCAGCAGCAUGGAGAGCCUGGGGAGCCGUGCGACGUCCGCCAGCCCCUAUAGCUCCGAGAACGCCUCCUCAUCGGCCGUGCCCACCCCCUCACCCUACUCUCAACCCAACUCCACCUUUGAGGGCCUGUCGCCUGCCCCGGCCAUCCCCUCUAACACCGACUAUCCCGGACUGCAUUCCUUCCAGGUGUCCUUCCAGCAGUCUAGCACUGCCAAGUCUGCCACAUGGACCUACUCUCCAUUGCUGAAGAAGCUCUAUUGUCAGAUUGCCAAGACCUGCCCAAUCCAAAUCAAGCUGUCCUCCUCUCCUCCACAUGGCAGCAUCAUCAGGGCCAUGCCCGUCUACAAGAAGGCGGAGCAUGUCACAGAAGUGGUCAAACGCUGCCCCAACCACGAACUAGGACGAGACUUCAAUGAUGGUCAAACAGCCCCGGCCAGUCACCUGAUCCGAGUGGAAGGCAGUAACCUCUGUCAGUAUGUAGAUGAUCCUGUCACUGGCCGGCAGAGUGUCUUCGUUCCUUAUGAGGCUCCACAGGUGGGAACUGAGUUUACCACCAUCCUGUAUAACUUCAUGUGCAACAGCAGUUGUGUGGGCGGCAUGAACAGGAGACCCAUCCUCAUCAUAAUCACUUUGGAAACCAGGGAUGGUCAAGUGUUGGGCAGAAGGUCAUUUGAAGGUCGGAUAUGUGCGUGUCCUGGCCGAGAUCGCAAAGCAGAUGAGGACCACUUCAGGGAACAACAGGCUCUGAAUGACAGUGUGGUCAAAAAUGGCGGUGCCAACAAACGCAACUUCAAACAGAGUCCACCGAAUAUUCCCAGUCCAAAUAUUAACAUGAGGAAGAGGCGGCAUGGAGAAGAAGAGAUUUACUAUAUUCCUGUUCGUGGUCGGGAAAACUUUGAGCUGCUGAUGAAGAUUAAAGACAGUUUGGAACUGGUUGAGCUGGUACCACAGUCACUGGUGGACUCCUACAGACAACAAACUCAGCAGCAACUUCUGCAGAGACCGAGCCAUAUAGCAUCUCCAACCUCUUACUCUCCACUGUCCAACAUGAACAAGCUUCAUGCCCACGGAGGGCUCAGCAAACCACCCUCAGUCAACCAGCUGGUGGGGCAGCAGCCCCAGCAACACGCCACUGCCCCCACCUCCAUAGCUCAUAUGGGUUCAAACAUGCUCAACAACCACCACAUGCAGGCCAAUGGUGACAUGAAUGGUGGCCACAGCAGUCAGUCUAUAGUGUCUGCUUCCCACUGCAGCCCACCCCCGUAUAACCCUGACCCCAGCCUCGUCAGUUUUCUAACCAGUCUGGGCUGUCAGAACUUCAUUGAGUACUUCACCUCCCAAGGCCUCCAAUCUAUCUACCAUCUCCAGACUCUCUCCAUGGAGGAUUUAGCUGCAUUGAAGAUACCAGAGCAGUCCCGUCUUGCCAUCUGGCGAGGUCUGCAGGACAUGAAACAAGGUUCUUCCCUCCAACUGCCUGCCCCUACUCAUCACCAUGACUAUCAUGGCCAGCAACUUCUUCGCUCCAGCAGCAACAUGGCUGCCUCUGCCAUGGCCGCCAUUGGAGCCACUGGUGGGGAACUGCAACGUCAGCGCGUCAUGGAGGCUGUGCACUUUCGUGUUCGCCACACCAUCACCAUCCCCAACAGAUCAGGUGUCGUUGGGACAGGGGGAAUGGCAGCAGCUACUGAUGAGUGGGCUGACUUUGGCUUCGACAUGCCUGACUGCAAGCUGUCACGGAGCAAGCACUCCAUCAAGGAGGAGUUCAUGGAAAGUGAUGUUCACUGAGCCCAAACAGCAUCUUUGGACUGUUUUACCAAUAUUAUUGUCAGAAUUAGCCUAUUUGCUGAGUAAAACCAUGUGGAUAGGGUCUUUAAAUGUGCUUUUAUGUCCUGCUGCCACAUUUCAGUCCGUGAUUUUGCAGCGAAUCAUGAAUAUGUGGGAUAUUUUUAGUGUGUUAAUACACCAUCCUGUGCAGUCUUUAUUUUAUGCUUCAACAAUUGACCCACCCAAGACACAAAAGGACAUAUCAAGUCUAAAUAGCAAAUGCCACUGUGGCAAUAGCAUUGUUGAGGAUGAUGAAAUGCUAAACACACAUGGUCUGGACUAGAGUUUUGGGAACUCUGCAGGUUAAAAUAGGGAAAUAUAAUUUUUUCUGGAUGUUGUUUGAUUGCACUGUGCAAUAUUACAUCACAUGUUUUACAGCAUCUUCUUUCAUUUAUGGUUAACAUAAAAUGUAGCAAUUACGCAAUCACACAAAUGUCGCAGUUGACAAAUCACAAAUUUCAUAAUUUGCCAGUUUCCAUUUGGUGUUUGAAUACAAAAGAAAUGUUCUCAGCUGACUUAUUUAUUGUUCUCUCAGUUUUCCUUCACUUGUACAAAUGUAUAUACUGUAUUCUGUAAAUGUUUUGGAGUAGAUGUGCUUAAAAAGGGGUAUUUAGACUUAAAAGUGUGCAUCUCCUGGUUGAACCAAAUGUAUAGAAUGUAUUGAAUGGUAAAUCAAACUCACAGCUACAGAAACUCAUAGUCAUGCAUAUUUUAAAUGACUAUGAUAAUGUGAUGAUCUCUAGUUCAGUAAUUUCAUUGUUAAAAAUGUGUUUAAUGGGCUUAGGUAUUAAUAGUAUGUAUUCAUUGCAUCCAUUACUUUUUUUUAAGUCAUAGGAAAUAUUCUUAAAUGAUUCUUGUAUAAAUACACAUUUCAGAACAGUUGAAAGACAAAAUAUCAAAGUCAGUAUUAUAUCUUAGCAGGGAUUUCAGAAUCAGAAUUGUGACUAAAUUAGAAAUCUCAUCCCUGUUUACCAAGACACAAGAUAAAACAGUAGCAUGUUUGUCCUUUGCUGUGUAUUUUGAAAAAACCUUGCAGGGCAAGGUCCUCAUAUACUGAUUUUAGCUAGUUGUGUACCUCGUAUGUAUCUUCAUGGCACUUGUUUGUGGAUAUUGAAUAGCAACAUUCCAGUUUUAUUUCUAGGUGGCCAUCUAACAUGAUUAAUCAUGGUGCAAUUCUAGUAAUGGUGUCAAAAUUGUUUGUAGUAAGUACAUCACAUUGUACCAUGAUGAUAAUUUGUACUUAACUUGCAGCCAUUUUCAUUAUAAAGGCCUUAUCACUAACAGAUAGAUAUACUUUCACCCACAAACCACCAACUGGUCAAAGAAAGAGCACUUUAAUGCUUUAAAAGUAAAAUAAUCUAGGAUUAUUUGUGCUUAUGAUCAGUAUUAUGCAUUACCACGAUGCAAAUAGAAAUAGUGCUUGUUUUGAUAUUCCUGGUAAGUUUUUUGUUAUCAGUUUUGUAAAGAUUAUUAAGAAGUGUACCUAUAUAACUAUUGCUGUUCAUCAGUCCAUUAGUUUCUAAUGUUGUUAAAUUGUGUUUUUUCUUAAAAUCA